AAAGGUCGGCUCCGGCAAGAUGGCGGCCCCCUUGGAGCUCAGCUGCUGGGGAGGAGGCUGGGGGCUCCCGUCGGUGCACGGCGAGUCCCUAGUGGUGAUGCAUUGCUUCUGGUGAAAUCUGUGGAAUUGCAUAAAAAGUAAGAUGAAAAUACUCCGGCCACCCCUCCACGCCUGUGCCAUUGGAGAUGUACCAGUUUUGACAACUGAAGACAACAUUGUUUCUCAGCCAACAAAAAUACUUAACUUUUUAAAAAAACAGAAAUAUAAUGCUGAUUAUGAACUCUCAGCAAAACAAGGGGCAGAUACGCUGGCUUACAUUGCUCUCCUCGAAGAGAAGCUUCUACCUGCAGUGCUUCAUACAUUCUGGGUUGAGAGCGACAAUUACUUCACUGUGACAAAGCCAUGGUUUGCCUCACGAAUUCCUUUCCCCCUGAGUUUGAUCCUGCCUGGAAGAAUGUCUAAAGGAGCACUGAAUAGGAUUCUUCUGACCAGAGGAGAACCUCCCCUCUACCACCUCCAAGAAGUGGAAGCACAGAUAUACAGAGAUGCCAAGGAAUGCUUAAAUCUUCUGUCACACAGAUUGGGAACAUCUCAGUUUUUCUUUGGAGAUAGGCCUUCUACCUUGGAUGCCUAUGUAUUUGGUUUUAUCGCUCCUCUUUAUAAAGUACGUUUUCCAAAAGUUCAGCUACAAGGACAUCUGAAACAGCUCUCCAACUUGUGUCGCUUCUGUGAUGACAUCUUAAACAGUUAUUUUAAGCGUAAUAUUGGAGGCUUUUCUCCUGCGGGACAAGAAGCAGUAGACGCAAACCUGCAGAAACUCACGCAGCUUGUGAACAAGGAAUCCAACUUGAUCGAAAAGAUGGAUGACAGUCUUCGCCAAAGCCCUCAGCUUCCUCCACGGAAACUGCCAACACUCAAACUGACUCCCGCCGAAGAAGAAGAUAAUUCUUUACGACGACUGUCACCCUGACAUUCAUUAUGCUUUCUGUCCAGAAAGAAAAACAGGGGUGCUGUAGUACAGGAAUCUCUUACAGUACGUACCAUUCACGGGCAUGAAGAGGACUUCGAAGAAACUCUCUAGGACAGAUUGUUUUUCAUUAGGAUGCCUGUAUUUUAUCUUGGCAAUGCACUUUAAAUCACAUCAAAAUGAAUGCUAAAUGGACUUGAAAAAGAAAACACAUUAUAUAUAAUAUAUAUAUAUAUAUAUAUAUAUUAAUGACCUGCCUAAACUUUUGGCAGAUUAUUUUGCCUAUGGUUCACACGUUGCUGGCCAAAAGCUGCAGUUCUAUUCUGAAGGUGCAUUUUUAAUUUAUUACUUUAAUGUGCUUAGGCCAGUUUCAGUAUCUAAUAUAUACGGCUCUCUGGCUGAAGCUUUUUCUUAUUUAGAAAUCUGAUGCCUAUUUCAGACUUUAGGAAAAGUAUAAAUUGCUUUAAUAGGAAAGUCUGCUAACUUUUAAAAGCAGUGAGGAAUGUGCUUUUUAAAAUUAUGCUGUCCUGCACCUACUUGUGCAGCGUAUAGUAUCAUGCAGGAAUAUUAAAGCUGGUCAGGUAUGACAGUCACGCAACUCAGUGCUCUGCCAUGUGGCGUAUUUGCAGAUGCCGUCAGUAUAGGGUGGUGAGGGCUCUUAGUCUCGACUGGGUGAAUUUAGAUGUGUGUGUGUGUGUGUGUGUGUGUGUGUGUGUGUAAAAUUCAUCAUCAGCUCUAGUUGUUUCUUUCAUGGAUCGACUUCAGGAGAACUGUCUGUCAUUCUACCAUUGAUGUAAAGUCUUAAUGAAAUUUGCCCAGUGCAUAGCCACUAUUCAGAAGGGGCCCACCCACAGAGACAUUGGGUCUCCACUGUGUGUGAGGCUAGGUUUCACCUUACUUGGCUCUCUCAUAACAUGAGAGAUGUUUGGGCAAAUCAGCCUGGAUGACAGUUCAUCAUAGUUCAACUACAGUUGAUUUUCUAAAAGGAAUAACUGGGAGCAGCAGUAAAUUUCAAAAACCAUGUUCUGCUUAUUGGUUAUCGAACUGUUAAAGGACUUGCUGUGUCAGUGGUUUUACUUGUGAUGGAAUCUUGAUCACUUUAGUGGUUGAGGUGCUUCUGUUGUCCUAAACCACUUCUGAGGUUUUUAAAAAUCUAGGGCCGUGUUUCUGAUUACUGUCUUACCAGAAUACUGUGGUGCUCAGCCAGUCAUCAUGUCUUGCAGAAACCUCAUGUUAGGAAAACAGUUUUGUAGUCACCAAGCUCAUCUUAUUGGAGCUGAGUGGAGCUCUGCUGUGCUGUCGCCCCCCCCCCCCCAUCUCUCAAGUGGUUCUGUAUUUAGGUGGCUGUUUGUUCAGACAGGCACCCUUAAGUCACUAUAAACAUUUCUUCCCUGAGAGUUCUAAUUAAUAAACAAGGUUGUCUUCAAAAUCUUGUUCAUUUAUUUGGAUAUUUAGGGAAAUACCUAAUGGAUUUCACUACUUUUGCAAGCGGGGGGGGGAGGUGUGUGUAAUCUUCAGAAGCAGCUUAUUAGUUUCUUGAAAGCUAUAUGAUUAGAUUUAUUUAAAAACAUCAUGACCAUGAGACUUUAUUGUUCACUAGGAUUGCUGUAUAUUCCAGCGUGUGGAUGACAUAUUAGUCAGACAUCUGGUUUUGUUUUAGUGAGGCUUAGUCAUUUUCAAUUAUGAUCUAUAUUAAACCUUCCAAAAAGCACUUGAAAUGGCUUACAAUUGUAAAACACAUGUAAGACAGGGCAAUUAAAAUUAGUUUUUGGAAAAAUAAGAAAUAAGUAGGAGAAAGCACUAAAAGAUGGUAAAUUUAACUCCAUGUUGCUUCAUGGACAAAGUAAAAAUGAUUACUGCUAGGUCAUAUAUAAGUUUUCUCUCAAUAAGACUACUGAUGUCCACAAGUACAAAAAAUGUGCUUACGUUUCUGUAAAAACGUGCAGUCACAUUCUUCCAUCACGCAGUAAGUACACUUUGCUACUUCUGUGUUGAAUCUUUAAUUGAAAGAAGGUUGUUUAAGCACAGCUACUCAGCUCUGGUUUAUGGUGGUGCUGGGGAUUGACCCUGGAGCUGCCUCGUCUCAGACAGGAAAUUCCUUUUGCAUAACCAUUAUGCUAACCUCUCCUGCCCCCUACUUAGUUCUGAUAUUUUUUCACAAACUGUCAAAAACAUUAACCCUUGAAAGUCAAAAUGUAGACACUUCAGUGAAAAGACAGGAAGUUGAGUGAGAGGUGGGUCCGAAGUCUACUAUUUCUCUUAAGUUUAUGCAAGGGAAACUUACUCUUUCACAAUAAAUAGGGUUGUAAGAAUCAACUCAGUAGUAGAUUCACCAUUAUAUUGAGUUGCAAUUUCAAGUCUAAUGUUCUAGAUACGGUAUUCAAUUCCAGAUGAAUAUCACAUCAUUCUAAAUACAAAUUAAAUGCAGUUUGUCUCGCUCUUGAGUUUUAAGAAAAAGCACGAUUAUUUAAAGAUUUUUUUUUGGCCUUACCAGAGAAAGAAAAAGUACCACCUACAAGCAAGAACGAUGAUUUUCUUCAGGGAUUAAGAUAGUUUGAAGAACCUUUUUUUUCGCUCAGUACAUGUUAGUUUUUCUCUUCUCUGUAUUUGUUGUUUCUAACUGCACAGGGCGAUGAGAUGUGUGCUAGGACGGCCCCAUACCGGAGAAGAUGAGGCAUGGCCGCUGCUCAGGGAUUUCAUACUCGACUUUGGUUUGAUUAUAUAAUUGAAAUGCAAAGCAGAGCCACAGUAUCAUUUGGGUUGCAAUGAUAGUCGUUUUAUAUGUUGAAGUCUUUUCUUUCUCAGCUUUGUGGAAUUAAGACUUUCCAUUUUUCUUAAACAGAUAACUAAGAAAUUCAUUAUUAAAUGAGCCAAACGUCACUGUGGUUGAGGUGCUUCUGUUGUCAAAGGUUUAAUUGAAGUUUCCUGACAUCUUCCAGGUGCUCGUUUUCACAGAGAUGUAAAGAUGGCAUGUUUUUCCUAACGGUUUACAAAAAAAAAAAUUGUAAUAACAAUGUAACUUAUUAUUAUUUUGCCUCCAGGGUUAUCCACUGCUCCUGGAGGUCAUUUUUUCAAUUUCUUUUUUCUGUUUUUGGAUAGGACAGAGAGAAAUUGAGAGGGGAGGACAAGGUAGAGAUCGAGAGAGAAAGACAGACACCUGCAGACCUGCUUCACCACUUGUGAAGCGACCCCCCUGAAGGUGGGGAGCCGGGGACUCGAACUGGGAUCCUUAACACUUUGUACUUUGUGUGCUUAACCCGCUGAGCCACCGCCCAUCCCCUAGCACAAAGUUUUUACUGAAGGGUAGUUUUUGCUAGAGCCCUAGACUUAAAACUAUUGUCACUAGAGUGGAAAAGUAUUCUUAGCAUCAAAAAGGAUAUAAAAAAUGGUCUACUUCAAAUGAGGAGGCCAAUGAUUACAGAUGAGAAUUACCAUCGUUAAAUAGUGAUAGAAAGAACAAAUGUGUGUUUAUAAAUAGGAACGCUAUAGUGAAGGAAUAUUCAUUGCAAAACAACCUUGGUUUCUUUUGAAAAUGUAGGAAAAUAAGGUGUUUUUUUUUUUUUUUAAAUCACUUAUUUGAAAUUCUACUGUAAAAACAUUGCACCUUUUAGCUCCUUGGAGAAGGGUGUGUUUUGAUAGAAGAUUGUCAUAUAAGUAGUGGGUUCUGUGAUCAAGUAAGUUUGAGAAAUGCUGAGUUAGUCAAGCUGCUGUAGGCAUUUGAGAAGUAUUGCUAUACUACUGUGUGGCCUCAGUGCUCAAGAGCUCAGUGCACUGUAUACACCACUUUCCUAAUGUGAAUAUGGCUUAUAGGAAGGGAUCUUGGAAUAUUUACGUUCUGAGAAAUAGUAGGUUGUUGGAAAAAGUCGUGACUUUUUUUUUUUUUUUGUAGGCAAAAACAUGUCACGACUUUUCUGACAAGCCACCGCAUCUAGGGAAAUGCUGUCCUAAAGUGUUUGUGUUCAUUGCCGUGGUUUCCUGUCUGUGGGCGCCCAUCUAGCAAGCGCAGGCACUUACAGGAUGGGAAGGGGGAGCCGGGUGGUGGCACACCUGGCCGACUGCACACAUCACAAUGCGCAAAGACCCAGUUCGAACCCCCAGUUCCCACCUGCAGGGGAAACUUUGCGAGUGGUGAAGUAGGGCUGCAGGUGUCUCUCUGUCUUUCUCUCCGUCUCUGUCUUUCUCUCCUUCCCUCUUGAUUUCUGGUUGUCUCUAGUCAAUAAAUAAUGAUUUUAAAAAGUUAAAAAAAUAAAGAAGUGGAAUGGAAAAGGCAGGUCGGGACUCUGUAUCCUGGGGAGGUGAGAGGGGUGGCUGAGGGUUUCUAGGUUGGCAUUUAGGUAGCACACGAGGAUCCUGGACAGACGAGCCCCUUCCCCUUGGAUCACGGUUGGCCUGAGUCAGUCAGCUGUGUGGGGGUGUGAGCUGGUUGUUGCGUAGAACUAACUAGUCCUUGGGCAUCCCUGAG